UAAUGAUACCCAACGUUAUUACCUAUAAAAGCAUCAUCUACUCCGACCUACCACCAUCGCAACGUCAUUAUCAACACUGCAACGUACAUUCUCUGUAUUUUCUAUAAUCUGAACUACUCUAUCACGCAGCUCUUUCAAACAAUGCCUGCCCCGACUGCCACCACUGCCACCACAUACAUGCUCACCCAGGAUCCGUCGCCUGGAACUCCUAUUGAGCCUACUUCUUCGGAGAUCAAGCAGGGCCCAAACCCGCUGCCAAAGCUCUUCCAGCCAUUGAAAAUCCGCAGCACCACGUUCAAGAACCGCCUGUGGGUCAGCCCCAUGUGCAUGUAUUCUGCAGAGGAUGGGUUCAUCAACGACUUCCAUCUGGCGCGCUACGGCCAGUUUGCCAUGCACGGCGCGGGUGCCGUUCUCAUUGAGGCUACAGGAGUUCUGCCCGAGGGCCGCCUCACUCCCAAAUGCCUCGGUGUCUGGAAGGACGAGCAUAUCACCGGCCUCAGGCGUAUUGUCGACUACGAGCACUACUUUGGUGCUGCAGUAAGAAUCCAGCUAGCGCACGCUGGCCGCAAGGCCAGCACCAUUCCACUCAGCCAGUAUGGCAAGCGUCCGAGUUUCCGCGCCUCAGUCGACGAGGGUGGCUGGCCCGAGGACGUCUACGGUCCAUCUGCACUUGCCUACGAUGAUAACCAUUGGGAGCCGAAAGAGAUGACGCUUGGGCAGAUCGAAACUGUCCAGCAGGCGUUCGCUGAUGCUGCUGUGCGCGCUGACAAGGCCGGAUUCGAUUUUAUCGAGAUUCACAGUGCUCACGGCUGCCUGAUCAGCUCCUUUAACUCGCCGCUGUCCAACCACCGCACCGACAAGUACGGUGGCUCGUUCGAGAACCGCACCCGGUUUGCAGUUGAGACUGUCCAGCGCGUGCGCAAUGUGUGGCUUGCUGAGAAGCCCCUGUUUAUACGGUUCUCCACCACUGAGUGGGUUGAGGGUGGCUGGACUACACAGGACAGCAUUAAGCUAGCUGAGAUCCUGUACCAGGAGGGCGUUGACCUUGUUGACUGCUCGUCAGCUGGCAAUGAUACGCGCCAAAAGAUUCCUGUCGGUCGUGGAUACCAGGUGCCUCUUGCGACUGAGGUCAAGAAUGGUGCUCCUGGCGUUCUUGUCGGUGCUGUAGGUAUCAUCACUGACGGGGAGCAGGCCAACGACAUCCUGGAGCAGGACAAGGCUGAUGCUAUUUUUGCAGGCCACGAAUUCCUCCGUGACCCGACAUUUGCGCUGAAGGCUGCCCAGAGGCUGGGUGUGUUUGUCAAGUGGAACGAUCAGUACGAGCGUGGACGCCCUAAAACUCGCCACUCAUUUAUUUAA